GGGGGGGGGAGGGCAGGCAUAUAAAGCCUCGGUCCUGCUCUGUCCUUCCCGGCACCGACGACCACAGCCCGCUCCCCAAAAAAUAGGCUCGCCAACGACCCGCGAUCUGCCCGCUCGCCGCCUCACUCGCUCACUCCCCACAAACCCACCAUGGUCGAACUCUGCAACACUGCCCAGAACACCGAGGCCUACUCCGCGGCUCUCGACCACCUGCUGGCCAAGAACAAAGAGUGGGCUUCCAAGAAGGCUUCCGAGAGCGAGGGCUUCUUUGAGUCGCAUGCCGACAGCCAGAGCCCCGAGAUCCUGUGGAUCGGCUGCUCGGACUCGCGUGUUCCCCCGACCGACAUUGUCAACCUGAGCGUCGGCGACGUCUUUGUCCACCGCAACAUUGCCAAUGUCGUGGUCUCGUCCGACCUGAACCUCCUGUCCGUCCUCCAGUAUGCCGUCGAAUACCUCAAGGUCAAGCACAUUAUCGUCUGCGGCCAUUACAACUGCGGCGGCGUCAAGGCCUCGAUGAGCGACAAGCAGUAUGGCCUGAUUGACAACUGGCUUUGCCACAUCAAGGACGUCCAUCGCUUCAACAAGGAGAAGCUCGACAGCACCGCCGACGAGACCGCUCGCUUCAACGCCCUUGUCGAGCUCAACGCCAUCCGAUCUGUCCAAAACAUCUGCCAUACCGCGACGGUCCAGAACGCCUGGGCCCGUGGCCAGGAGCUGAGCGUCCAUGGCUGGUGCUUCAACCUCCACAACGGACUCAUCAAGGACCUUGGAGUCUGUGUCAACAACAACUCUCACAUCGACCCCAUCUUCAAGUUUACUAGCUCCAAGUAAAUCGGUGGUCCGCCUGACUGCCUUGGGUCUCUCGGUGAUGAAUCUAUUCCCCAUUCCUCUCUCCCCUUCCCUCCGGUACAUUCAAUCCCUCCCAAUCCCCCCUUUUCCAGUGCUUCUAUACAUAAUUAUAAGUCUUACCCUUUCCCCCCGCAGACCCCCAUCGGCUCCACCUCUCUCGGUGCGGUCUUGGCUGAUCUCCGGGCCUUUGCCUAUAUAUACUACAACCCUUUCAAUAUAUAUUCAUUCCAGUAACGACG